AUGUACCGUACUAAUACAGUAACACAAUGGGCAACCGCCCUUACCAACCCCACACUCUCAGUCCUCCCGUUCGAUUUCGUCCGCCCCGCUGAAGGCAGUGUAGUCGAAGCACAAUUGACGGAGGCUCUUAGCUCCAAGACCGUGGCCGAGCUCGAUCAGAUUGCCAAGAACAGCGGUGUAGCAGGCGCUACUGAUUUCUCUGCAGCUCUGGCUCUCUACGCCAUUCUCGUCUACCGUCUCUCGGGCGACGAGGACGUGUGUCUCGGAUCCGACGACGCCGAGGGAAACGUCUUUGUCUUCCGAUCCAACCUCAACGGCACUUCCACCUCUCUGGGUGACCUCAUCAAGUCUGUGGUUGAGUUUGAAACGUGGCAGAAGGACUCUGGCGUCAAGUUCGCCGACAUUCUGGCUGAGAUCCAGACCUCGCAGAAGCUGGAGUCAGAGCCAGUACUGUUCCGAACGUCUUUCCAGCACCUUCAGAGCGACACAGAGUCACAAUCUGUUCUGGGCCCCGCUGCCGGCCGUCUCACAGACGUGUCCGUCUAUCUAGGCAAGGAGUCUCUGUCCAUCCACUACAACUCUCUGCUGUACAAGGAAGAUCGAAUGAAGCUCUUUGCUAGCCAGAUUGUCGAGCUCAUUGCCCAGGCUGCCGUUCUUGGCCCCUCCGCUGAGGUCGGUAAGCUAUCUCUUCUGUCGCCCCAGCAACGGGACGGCUCUCUGCUGCCCCUUCCCACUUCUGAUCUCGACUGGAGCGGGUUCCGAGGCCCUAUCCACGAGAUCUUCGCUGAGAACGCCAAAAACCACCCCGACCGGCCCUGCUGUGUUGAGACCGCCUCGGCUCUGUGUCCCGAGUCCAAGGAGCGGUCGUUCACCUACAAGCAGAUUGACGAGGCGUCCAACGUGCUGGCGCACCAUCUGGUGGCUUCCGGUAUCAAGCCCGGUCACGUGGUCAUGAUCUACGCCUACAGAGGAGUCGAUCUUGUGGUCUCCGUCAUGGGUACUCUCAAGGCUGGAGCCACUUUCUCCGUUAUUGAUCCUGCCUAUCCUCCUGCUCGACAGACCAUUUACCUGCGAGUAGCUCAGCCCCGAGCUCUGGUUGUGAUUGGUAAGGCUGGCAAGAUUGACCAGCUCGUCACCGACUACUGUGACAAGGAACUGCAGUUACUGACUUUGGUCCCUGAGCUGGCCCUCACUGACGACGGUGCUCUGGUCGGAGGAGAAGUUGAAGGGAGCGACAUCCUGGCUUCCUCUCAGGCUAAGAAGGGCGAGCAGACUGGUGUUCUUGUCGGCCCCGACUCUAACCCCACACUCUCCUUCACCUCUGGUUCCGAGGGUAUUCCCAAGGGUGUUCUUGGUCGACACUACUCGCUGACCUACUACUUCCCCUGGAUGGCUGAGACCUUUGGUCUCUCCGACAAGGAUAAGUUCACAAUGUUGUCUGGUAUCGCACACGAUCCCAUUCAGCGAGACAUUUUCACCCCUCUCUUCUUGGGUGCCCAGCUCAUCAUCCCCACUUCGGACGAUAUUGGUACUCCCGGACGUCUGGCUGAGUGGAUGGCCACCUACGAGACCACUGUGACUCAUCUGACUCCUGCCAUGGGUCAGCUUCUCAGUGCUCAGGCGACUGCCCAGAUCCCCUCUCUUCACCAUGCGUUCUUUGUCGGCGACAUUCUCACCAAGCGAGACUGCACUCGACUGCAGAAGCUUGCCCAGAACGUAUUCAUCGUCAACAUGUACGGCACCACCGAAACCCAGCGAUCCGUUUCAUACUUUCAGGUCGCUUCCUACGCCUCGGAUUCGUCUUUCUUGGCUCAACAGAAGGACAUUAUGCCCGCUGGCAAGGGUAUGAAGAAUGUGCAACUGCUCGUUGUGAACCGACACGACCGAACCCAGACCUGCGGUGUCGGAGAGGUCGGAGAGAUCUACGUGCGAGCCGCUGGUCUCGCCGAAGGCUACCUUCUCAACGACGCGCUCAACGCCGAGAAAUUUGUCACCAACUGGUUUGUGACUCCCGAGCACUGGAUCCAGGAGGACGAGAAGGUCAACAAGGGUGAGGCCUGGAGAGAGUUCUACAAGGGUCCCCGGGAUCGGCUGUACAGAACUGGAGAUCUCGGCCGGUACCUUCCCGAUGGAAACGUUGAGUGUUCCGGACGAGCCGAUGACCAGGUGAAGAUUCGAGGUUUCCGAAUCGAGCUUGGCGAGAUCGACACUCAUCUGUCUCGACACCCCCUGGUGCGUGAAAACGUGACUCUGGUGCGUCGAGACAAGGACGAGGAGCCCGUCCUGACUUCGUACAUUGUUGUCCAGAACACUGACGCCGUCAACGAGUUUUUGGAUGCUCAGGAGGACGAGGAAGAGACCGACCAGGUUGUUCAGGGUCUUUUCAAGUACAGAAAGCUCAUCAAGAACAUUAAAGAGUUCCUCAAGACCAAGCUGCCCUCUUACGCCAUUCCUACUGUUGUUGUCCCCCUCGCUAAGAUGCCUCUGAACCCCAACGGAAAGGUCGACAAGCCCGCCCUGCCCUUCCCUGAUACUGCUCAGCUGGCUAUUGUUGCCCAGAAGGCCGCUGCUGCCUCUGGAGAUGCCAACGCUGCUCCCAUCGAGUUCACCGAGACCCAGGCUGCCAUUCGAGACAUUUGGCUCGAUGUUUUGCCCCAGCAGCCCGCCACCAUUUCUCCUGAUGACUCUUUCUUCGAUCUUGGUGGCCACUCCAUUCUGGCUACUCGUAUGAUCUUUGAGCUACGAAAGAAGCUCAUGGUAGAGAUCCCCCUUGGUCUCAUUUUCAAGUCUCCCUCCAUUGCCGGCUUUGCCCUUGAGGUCGACAAGCUCAAGAAGGGAGGCGAGGUUGAGUUCCACGGUGAGAAUGAGAGCGACGAGCAGGAGCAGGCUGCCGUUGACUACUACAACGACGCCAAGACUCUAAUUGCCGACGCGAAGCUUGUUGCUUCGUCUUACCCAUCUCAUUCCGGCAAACUCGACGCAUCUGCGCCUGUCAAGGUCUUCUUGACUGGAGGAACCGGUUUUCUGGGCUCUUUCCUGCUCCGGGACCUGCUCGAGCGAUCGCAGAACAUCCAUGUGUUUGCCCACGUUCGAGCCAAGACCGUGGAGGCUGGUUUGGACCGUCUGCGAAACUCUUCCGAGGCCUAUGGCAUCUGGAAGGAUGAGUGGGCUUCUCGAAUCACCCCCAUCAUUGGCGAUCUCGAAAAGGCCGACUUUGGCCUGUCUAAGGAGCAGUUCUCCCAACUCACCGAUGAGGUUGAUGUGAUCAUUCACAACGGAGCUCUGGUCCACUGGGUGUACCCUUACUCCACUCUCCGAGGUCCAAACGUGCUUGGAUCUAUCAACGUCAUGAACCUCGCUCUGACUGGCAAGGCCAAGAUCUUCAACUUUGUGUCCUCCACCUCUGCCGUCGACACCGAGCACUUCAACAAGCUGUCUGCCGAUCUGGUGGAGGAGGGCAAGGCUGGCGUUCCCGAGUCCGACGAUCUCAUGGGUUCUUCUGUGGGUCUCGGCAACGGCUACGGACAGUCCAAGUGGGUCGCAGAGCACGUGAUCCGAGAGGCCGGAGCCCGGGGACUCACCGGAACCAUCAUUCGACCUGGUUACGUUGUCGGAGACUCCAAGACCGGAGCCACCAACACGGACGAUUUCCUGGUUCGAAUGAUCAAGGGAUGCAUCCAGCUGGGUGAGAUUCCCAACAUCCACAACUCGGUCAACAUGGUGCCCGUCGAUCACGUGGCUCGGGUUGUUACUGCCGCCUCUUUCUGGCCCAAGCAGCCUUCCGGCGUGGUUGUCGCCCAUGUGACUUCCCAGCCUCGAACACGGUUCAACGAAUUCCUGCAGACCCUCCAGAAGUACGGUUACAAAGUUUCUGUCGAGGACUACGUCACCUGGCGUCUGGCUCUGGAGAAGUUUGUUGUUGAGGACUCGCAGGACUCUGCCCUGUAUCCUCUGCUACACUUUGUGCUCGAUGACCUUCCCCAGUCUACCAAGGCCCCCGAGCUGGAUGACUCCAAUGCUCGAUCUGCUCUCUCUCGAGACGCUGAGUGGACCGGAGUCGAUUUGUCCGCUGGUAAGGGCGUUGACGAGGCUCAAAUGGGUAUCUACCUGGCUUACCUGGUGGCUGUCGGCUUCCUGGAUGCCCCCCAGUCCAAGGUUGAGCUUGCUUUGCCGAAGGUGGAGCUGUCUGAGCAGACCCUUGAUAAGCUGAAGAGUGUCGGUGGACGUGGUGGUAACAAGUAA